ACGUCAGUGUAAUUUACUUUUCUAUUACUCGGCGCCUAAAAAAGAACCUAAAAAAAAAUGCAGCAGAGACAGACAGACAGCAAACCGGGACGGGGCAGAGAGCGAUGCUGAGAUCAAGCCUACGUGCGGUUCGCAGGCUGUCUUCGUCCUACCCUGUACUCCACCUCCGUGCGGUUCGCAGGCUGUCUCCCCUCCUCUCUCUUCCAUUCGAAACCAAAACCCUUGUCUCUCCUCCGCCGCCAUUCAAGUAUUAUUCCAGCUAUCACCAUGAUAACCACCACAGCUCCGCCGCCGCCGCCGGAGGAGAAUCAGCAGUGUGUGAUGAUGCUGAGCUGCAGCCUACUAGCACCACAGCUAGGACUCCUUCUAUAGACUCGUAUGCGGCAAUAGAGCUGGCCCUAGAUUCAGUGGUGAAGAUUUUCACUGUUUCCAGCAGCCCCAAUUACUUCCUUCCCUGGCAGAACAAGUCUCAGCGCGAAACUAUGGGUUCUGGAUUCGUUAUCCCUGGUCAGAGGAUACUGACAAAUGCUCAUGUAGUGGCUGAUCAUACAUUUGUACUUGUAAGAAAGCAUGGUUCUCCUAACAAGUAUAGAGCAGAAGUUCAAGCUAUUGGACAUGAAUGUGACUUGGCCAUUCUGACUGUUAAUAGUAAAGAAUUUUGGGAGGGUAUGAAUUCUUUGGAGCUUGGUGACAUUCCAUUUCUUCAAGAAGCUGUUGCUGUUGUUGGUUAUCCUCAAGGAGGGGACAAUAUUUCUGUUACUAAAGGUGUUGUGUCCCGAGUUGAGCCUACACAAUAUGUACAUGGUGCAACCCAGCUGAUGGCAAUACAGAUUGAUGCGGCUAUAAAUCCAGGGAAUAGUGGAGGCCCAGCAAUCAUGGGGAACAAGGUUGCUGGGGUAGCUUUUCAAAACCUUUCAGGUGCAGAGAACAUUGGUUAUAUAAUACCUGUCCCUGUCAUAAAACAUUUUAUAGCUGGUGUGGAAGAAAGUGGUGAUUAUGUUGGGUUCUGCUCUUUGGGGUUGUCCUGCCAACCUACUGAAAAUGUUCAACUACGAGAACACUUCAGAAUGAGCUCUGAAAUGACUGGUGUACUUGUGACCAAAAUUAAUAUACUUUCUGAUGCACACAGUGUCCUGAAAAAGGAUGAUAUUAUCCUUACAUUUGAUGGUGUGCCCAUAGGAAAUGAUGGAACCGUUCCUUUCAGAAAUAGAGAGCGGAUAACCUUUGAUCAUCUAGUCUCUAUGAAAAAACCCAAUGAAACAGCUGAAGUUAGAAUAUUAAGGAAUGGUGAAGAGCACAAGCUCAGUGUCACCUGUCGUCCUUUGCAGCCCCUAGUUCCAGUUCAUCAGUUUGAUAAGCUUCCUUCUUAUUUCAUUUUUGCGGGACUGGUCUUUAUUCCAUUGACCCAGCCAUACCUUCAUGAGUAUGGAGAAGACUGGUAUAAUACUUCACCCCGUCGAUUAUGUGAACGAGCACUGAGAGAACUUCCUAAAAAAGCCGGUGAACAACUUGUCAUUCUGUCUCAGGUUCUUAUGGAUGACAUCAGUGCAGGGUACGAGCGUCUUGCUGAAUUACAGGUAAAGAAAGUGAAUGGGGUGGAGGUAGAGAAUUUGAAACAUUUACGGUGCCUAGUGGAAGAGUGUACGGAAGAGUUCUUGAGGUUUGAUUUGGAUGACGAGAGAGUAAUUGUGUUGAACUAUGAAUCAGCAAAAAUAGCCACUUCUCGGAUAUUGAGGCGUCAUAGAAUACCUUCUGCGGUCUCUGCUGAUCUUAUCAACGAAGUGAAGGAGGACGAUGACUCCAAAGUUGAGUUGGCUUGCUUGAACUGAGUUUUCUUUCUUUCUUUUUCCUUUUUUUUUUUUAAAAAAAAUUUGUUGAAAUUUUGAUUAAAUUAAUGUAUCAUUUAUCUUGUUUUUUACUCUUCUUUUUAUUUAUUUAUUUAUUUUUGAUCUAUUAGAAUGGCACCAUUUUCAGAAUUAACUAGCCAUGGCCCUGGAUUGUUUGUAAUCCUAUUAAUAAAAACUUCUUACACAAUAUUGUUUGUAGAA